AUGUCAGUGCAAGAGUUGGAUGAGAUAGUUCAAAUCUCAGUGGAGGACUUUGACCGCGAUGGCCGUGCAGCAGCAGAACUAUUGGAAAAUGAAGAUGACGACGAAAGGCCUCAGAGGAAAAAGAAAAAAAAUAGUAAUCAGGACAUGUCAGAGAUUAGUUAUCUAAAGAACUAUUUGAUAGCAUUCUCCUCAACGGUGAAUCAGAGGUUGGAGGGUAUCGAAUCCAAGCUGCUCGCGCUGGAUGCCACGUGCAAAUCUAUUGGACGCAGGCUGGACUUCGUGAUGCCGGGUUCCAAAAGUCCUAUCCAAGUCCCCAUGGUCGCAGGCUCACCUCAAGGGGCCACUCAGACCUGGAACAAAGUCAGAUGUGUUGUUCCUCAAACUAAUGUAAUAGUGAGCAGCGAACCCACAAAGAGCUCAAACCAAGAAGACAGUCCGCUGGAAAAUCUACUGAGCAAUACUGUUGCUAAAAAGCGGCAAAAUACAAUCCUGGUAAAAGUACCAGGUCCUGAUGAAAGCCAAGAGGAGCAGGACAGUGGAUCAGAGGCCAGUGACUCAGUUUCUAACGGCUGUGUUCAAGGGAGCCAAAAUGUCACUCUCAUCACUCUCAACUCAGAAGAGGAUUAUCCGAAUGGAACCUGGCUCGGGGAUGAGAGCAACCCUGAGAUCCGGGUCCGAAGCCCGGUGUCUCCUGCAGAUAUGCUCCACAUCUCCACGAACUGUCGCACGGCGGAGAAGAUGGCGCUGACGCUUCUCGAUUAUCUGUUCCAUCGUGAAGUCCAGGCCAUGUCCAACCUAUCGGGGCAAGGAAAGCACGGCAAGAAGCAGCUGGACCCUCUCAUGAUCUACGGCAUUCGCUGCCACUUAUUUCACAAAUUUGGGAUCUCCGAGUCCGACUGGUAUCGCAUCAAGCAAAGCAUUGACUCGAAGUGCCGCACGGCCUGGAGACGGAAGCAGAGAGGGCAGAGUCUGGCCGUGAAGAGCUUCUCCAAACGUACGACACGGUCUUCGGUCUCAGAGUCUGAACCUGCGCAGAUGGAGACUCAGCAGACGCUGCACUACACUCUGGCCAAUCAGCAGGUGCAGUUCCACCGCAUCGGUGAGGACGGACAGGUUCAGGUGAUUCCUCAAGGACAGCUGCACAUCGCCCAAGUGCCUCAAGGAGAAGAGGUGCAGAUCACACAAGACAGUGAGGGAAAUUUACAGAUUCACCAAGUUCAUGUGGGACAGGACGGACAGGUGCUACGGGGAGCUCAGCUGAUAGCGGUGGCUUCAGCUGAUGGAAGCACCACCGCUGUGGAAGGAACCGCCCUCCCCCCAGACAUCCAGGUGCAGUACGUGCAGCUCGCCCCAGUGUCUGAGCACACGGCUGCAGUGGAGGCGGCGGAGCUGGCCUUGCACACGGACAUGGAGGUGAAAGAAGCCAUCCAGGGAGCCAUCCAGGGGGAGAGCGGCGAGGUCAAGAUGGAGAUCGUUACCGCGUGGGACCAGAGGAUUCAGGCAGGACUCAGUGGGACCAGAGGAUUCAGGCAGGACUCAGUGGGACCAGAGGAAUCAGGCAGGACUCAGUGGGACCAGAGGAAUCAGGCAGGACUCAGUGGGACCAGAGGAUUCAGGCAGGACUCAGUGGGACCAGAGGAUUCAGGCAGGACUCAGUGGGACCAGAGGAUUCAGGCAGGACUCAGUGGGACCAGAGGAAUCAGGCAGGACUCAGUGGGACCAGAGGAAUCAGGCAGGACUCAGUGGGACCAGAGGAAUCAGGCAGGACUCAGUGGGACCAGAGGAUUCAGGCAGGACUCAGUGGGACCAGAGGAAUCAGGCAGGACUCAGGGGGACCAGAGGAUUCAGGCAGGACUCAGUGGGACCAGAGGAUUCAGGCAGGACUCAGUGGGACCAGAGGAAUCAGGCAGGACUCAGUGGGACCAGAGGAUUCAGGCAGGACUCAGUGGGACCAGAGGAUUCAGGCAGGACUCAGUGGGACCAGAGGAUUCAGGCAGGACUCAGUGGGACCAGAGGAAUCAGGCAGGACUCAGUGGGACCAGAGGAAUCAGGCAGGACUCAGUGGGACCAGAGGAUUCAGGCAGGACUCAGUGGGACCAGAGGAUUCAGGCAGGACUCAGUGGGACCAGAGGAUUCAGGCAGGACUCAGUGGGACCAGAGGAAUCAGGCAGGACUCAGUGGGACCAGAGGAAUCAGGCAGGACUCAGUGGGACCAGAGGAUUCAGGCAGGACUCAGUGGGACCAGAGGAUUCAGGCAGGACUCAGUGGGACCAGAGGAUUCAGGCAGGACUCAGUGGGACCAGAGGAAUCAGGCAGGACUCAGUGGGACCAGAGGAAUCAGGCAGGACUCAGUGGGACCAGAGGAUUCAGGCAGGACUCAGUGGGACCAGAGGAAUCAGGCAGGACUCAGUGGGACCAGAGGAUUCAGGCAGGACUCAGUGGGACCAGAGGAAUCAGGCAGGACUCAGGGGGACCAGAGGAUUCAGGCAGGACUCAGUGGGACCAGGGGAUUCAGGCAGGACUCAGUGGGACCAGAGGAUUCAGGCAGGACUCAGUGGGACCAGAGGAAUCAGGCAGGACUCAGUGGGACCAGAGGAUUCAGGCAGGACUCAGUGGGACCAGAGGAUUCAGGCAGGACUCAGUGGGACCAGAGGAUUCAGGCAGGACUCAGUGGGACCAGAGGAAUCAGGCAGGACUCAGUGGGACCAGAGGAUUCAGGCAGGACUCAGUGGGACCAGAGGAUUCAGGCAGGACUCAGUGGGACCAGAGGAUUCAGGCAGGACUCAGUGGGACCAGAGGAAUCAGGCAGGACUCAGUGGGACCAGAGGAAUCAGGCAGGACUCAGUGGGACCAGAGGAUUCAGGCAGGACUCAGUGGGACCAGAGGAUUCAGGCAGGACUCAGUGGGACCAGAGGAUUCAGGCAGGACUCAGUGGGACCAGAGGAAUCAGGCAGGACUCAGUGGGACCAGAGGAAUCAGGCAGGACUCAGUGGGACCAGAGGAUUCAGGCAGGACUCAGUGGGACCAGAGGAUUCAGGCAGGACUCAGUGGGACCAGAGGAUUCAGGCAGGACUCAGUGGGACCAGAGGAAUCAGGCAGGACUCAGUGGGACCAGAGGAAUCAGGCAGGACUCAGUGGGACCAGAGGAUUCAGGCAGGACUCAGUGGGACCAGAGGAUUCAGGCAGGACUCAGUGGGACCAGAGGAAUCAGGCAGGACUCAGUGGGACCAGAGGAAUCAGGCAGGACUCAGUGGGACCAGAGGAUUCAGGCAGGACUCAGUGGGACCAGAGGAUUCAGGCAGGACUCAGUGGGACCAGAGGAUUCAGGCAGGACUCAGUGGGACCAGAGGAAUCAGGCAGGACUCAGUGGGACCAGAGGAUUCAGGCAGGACUCAGUGGGACCAGAGGAUCCUGAACCCACGGUCACUCACUCCUCUGUGCUGGACGGGGCUGGGAGGUGCUCUGUGCGUCCUGCUCCAGAUGCGAGUGAGUGAAGGAGGAGAGGAGGAGAGGAGGAGGAGGAGGAGGCCCGACCAACAACAACCAAAAACAAUUCCAGUCAACAUUACACCGAAGAGAGAUUACAACAUCACCAGGGAACCUCCCGCAGACCCCAUGGUGCCAGACCUCAGCGCCACAUGUUGGUGUGUGACGUCAGUGGGUGUGUGUGUGACGUCAGUUUGUGUGUGUGACGUCAGUUGGUGUGUUUGUGACGUCAGUUGUUGGUGUGUGACGUCAGUGGGUGUGUGUGUGACGUCAGUUUGUGUGUGUGACGUCAGUUGGUGUGUUUGUGACGUCAGUUGGUGUGUGUGA